CCCAUAACAAGAAGGACCCAGCCUCCGAGCGGCCACACCCUGUGUGUCUCUGUCCUGCCAGCACCGAGGGUUCAUCCAUCUGCGGAGCCCGGGGCCACUGGGAGGAGACGCCAUGACCCCCGCCCUCACAGCCCUGCUCUGCCUUGGGCUGAGUCUGGACACCAGGACCCACGUGCAGGCAGGGCCCCUCCCCAAACCCACCCUCUGGGCUGAGCCAGGCUCUGUGAUCAUCCGGGGGAACCCCGUGACCAUCUGGUGUCGGGGGACCCUGGAGGCCCAGGAGUACCGUCUGGAUAAAGAGGGAAGUACAGAGCCCUGGGACACACAGAAACCACUGGAGCCCAGGAACAAGGCCAGAUUCUCCAUCCCAUACACGACAGAGCACCAUGCAGGGAGAUUUCACUGUUACUAUCUCAGCCCUGAAGGCCGGUCAGAGCCCAGUGACCCCCUGGAGCUGGUGGUGACAGGAUUCUACAGCAAACCCACCCUCUCAGUCCUGCCCAGCCCUGUGGUGGCCUCAGGAGGGAACGUGACCCUCCAAUGUGGCUCACCGAAGGGAUAUCACCAUUUUGUUCUGAUUGAGGAAGGAGAACACAGGCUCCCCCAGACCCUGGACUCACAGCAGCUCCACAGUGGGCAGUUCCAGGCCCUGUUCCCUGUGGGCCCCGUGACCCCCAGCCACAGGUGGACGUUCAGAUGCUAUUAGUAUUAUAGGAACACCCCCCAGGUGUGGUCCCACCGCAGUGACCCCCUGGAGAUUCUGGCCUCAGGCGUGUCUAGGAAGCCCUCCCUCCUGACCCUGCAGGGCCCUGUCGUGGUCCCUGGAGAGACCUUGAUCCUGCAGUGUGGCUCUAACGUCGGCUAUGACAGAUUUGCUCUGUACAAGGAGGGGGAACGUGACUUCCUCCAGCGCCCUGGUCAGCAGCCCCAGGCUGGGUUCUCCCAGGCCAACUUCACCCUGAGCCCUGUGAGGGGCUCCCACGGGGGCCAGUACAGAUGCUACGGUGCACACAACCUCUCCUCCGAGUGGUCGGCCCCCAGUGACCCCCUGGACAUCCUGAUCGCAGGACACUUCUAUGACACGGUUUCCCUCUCGGUGCAGCCGGGCCCCACGGUGGCCUCAGGAGAGAACGUGACCCUGCUGUGUCAGUCAUGGGGACAGUUCCACACUUUCCUUCUGACCAAGGAGGGGGCAGCCCAUCCCCUGCUGCGUCUGAGAUCAGAGCACCAGGCUCAGCAGCACCAGGCUGAAUUCCCCAUGGGUCCUGUAACCUCAGCCCACGCGGGGACCUACAGGUGCUACAGCUCACACAGCUCCAACCCCCACCUGCUGUCUGUCCCCAGUGACCCCCUGGAGCUCGUGGUCUCAGGACCCUCUGGAGACUCCAGCCCCCCACCCACAGGGCCACGCUCCACACCUGGUCUGGGGAGAUACCUGGAGGCUUUGAUUGGGGUCUCGGUGGCCUUCGUCCUGCUGCUCUUCCUCCUCCUCUUCCUCGUCCUCCGACGUCAACGUCAGAGCAAACACAAGAUAUCGGACCAGAGGAAGACUGAUUUCCAGCGUCCUGCAGGGGCUGCGGAGCCAGAGCCCAAGGACAGGGGCCUGCUGAGGAGGUCCAGCGCAGCUGCUGACGUCCAGGAAGAAAAUCUCUAUGCUGCCGUGAAGGACACACAGCCUGAGGACGGGGUGGAGCUGGACAGUCAGAGACCACCCGAUGAAGACCCCCAGACAGUGACAUACGCCCAGGUGAAACACUCCGGACCUAGGAGAGAAAUGGCCUCCCCUCCCUCCUCACUGUCCGAGGAAUUCCUGGACACAAAGGACACACAGGCGGAAGAGGACAGGCCGAUGGACACUCAGGCUGCUGCAUCUGAAGACCCCCAGGAUGUGACCUACGCCCAGCUGCAGAGCUUGACCCUCAGACGGGAGGCAACUGAGCCUCCUCCAACCCAGGAAGGGGAAUCUCCAGCUGAGCCCAGCGUCUACGCCACCUUGGCCAUCCACUAGCCCGGAGGGGACCCAGACCCCACACUCAGCAGAAGGAGACUCGGGACUGCUGAAGGCACAGGAGCUGCCCCCAGUGGACACCAGUGAACCCCAGUCAGCCUGGACCCCUAACACAGACCACGAGGAGACGCUGGGAACUUGUGGGACUCACCAAAGAUGACUAAUACCGUCGCAUUUUGGAAAUAAAGCAACAGACUUCUCAAUAAUCAAUGAGUUAAUAA